CACGCGUUGCCUCGCGCUCGCAUCUCGUUUUACCUUUUCAAUCCACGUCGUGACAGCCUAAAUCUGAAUUAAAUGCAGUGUCGGAAUGGGGACCGUCUGUCUCAGCGGAGGGGGUCCGGGGAUCGAUCUCGAGCAGGCUUCUGCGGAAAACCGCGAAUUCCUGAACACACGGACCAGUGAGAGACAAGAGAUGAUCCUGCUCAACGAUCGACUGGCAGCAUACAUCGAGAAGGUCCGUUCGCUGGAGCAGCAAAACAAAUUGCUGGAGACGGAAAUCGAGGCCCUAAAGAAUCGAUACUUAAAGCCCACCGGCCUCCGCCUGCUGUACGAGGAGCAACUCCAGGAGCUGAAGAGGCUGGCGGACCAGAUGAGAGUACAGCGGGACCUUGCUAUCGCUGCAAAGGAUGCUAUGGCGGGUCAGCUGGAGAUGAUAAAGAUAAAAUACGAGGAGGCCUUGGAGAUGAGGAAGAAAGCCGAGCUUGAUAUUGAAGCCUUCCGUCCGGAUGUGGACGCCGCCACCGCCGCGCGCAUCGCUUUGGAGAAGCAGCUUGAAAACCUCGAGGUGGAAAUAGAAUUCCUUCGAAGGGUACACAAAGAGGAAAUCGAAGAGCUUCUGAAACAGAUAUAUGCGGCCCACGCCUCGGCAGCAGACGUCUACAGCCUCCCAGACCUUUCAGGCGCCAUCAAGCAGAUCCAGCACCAGUACGACGACAUUGCCGCGAAAAACUUACAGGAAAUGGACUCUUGGUACAAAAACAAAUUUGAUGAUCUCAACAACAAAACAUCAAAACACGUAGACAAGAUGCGAAGCGUACGAGAGGAAAUUGGAACUGCGAAGAAGGACAUUCAAAAUAAGGAGCGAGAUCUGGACUCUCUGAAAACUAAAAACGAGGCUUUGGAAGCACAGAUCCGAGAGACUCAAGAAAAGUACAGAAAAGAACUGGAGGAACUCCAGGCAAGAAUUGAAGCCUUGCAGCUUGAGCUGAAAUCCUCCAAACAAAGAAUCGCCCUGCUCCUGCGUGAAUACCAAGAUCUGCUCAAUGUGAAGAUGGCCCUGGAGAUAGAAAUUACCACAUACAGAAAGCUCAUAGAGGGUGAAGACUCUCGUAUCGCUUCUGUGAUGCAGAGCGUGCAGGCCAUGUCCCUAAUGAGUGGCAGCGUGAGUGUUCACAGUGCUGGAGCUGCAGGUGUUGCAGGAGGUGCUGAUAGAGUGGUAGGAGGUCCUGGUGGUGGUCUCGCCACAGGUCUCGGAGGAGGUCUGGACAGAGGUCUUGGAGGAGGUCUAAACAAAGGUCUUGGAGGAGGUCUGGACAGAGGUCUUGGAGGAGGUCUGGACAGAGGUCUCGGAGGAGGUCUGGACAGAGGUCUUGGAGGAGGUCUGGACAGAGGUCUCGGAGGAGGUCUAGACAGAGGUCUUGGAGGAGGGAUUGGCAGUGGUCCUUCCAAAGGUCUUGGGGGUGGUAAUGGCGGAGACCUUGUUAAUGGCAUCACCGGUGGAGUUGGCGGCCCUGGCACCACUGUAGACUACACUCAAGAGCAGGCUGUGGAGAUGACGGAGAGGAAGACUGUGCUUAUCAGAACCGUUAAAACCGAGGACGACACGCUGGAGAGCAACACGCAGGAGAAGUCGUAUUCCAUCUCUGGAGCUGCCGAUGAAGAAGAGUAGCCGUGUUUUCUUUUCCAGUCAUGCCGUCGGAUAUGCGCGCUUUACAAACCACAGAUUAGCUUGCGUCUUGCGUUGCUUGUCCACA